AUGAGCGAGUCCCCCCUCCCCUCCACGCUGAACAGCGUCUUUGACGCACCUCUCAAAGACCAAUAUGAUCCUGUCCACCUUACCUCCGACAACAUUGUCCCAAUUCUCGAGCUACCGCUAGCAAAGAAGCUCCUGGGCCAUGAGACCUCCGAUAACGAUGCCGUUGCAAAAGUCGCCAGUGACGAAAUUUCCUAUACCGCAUUUGUCGCCGACCAAACCCGCGCCGCUCUUCAAUCUCCCGUUGAUGGACUCACCUCGGAACAAACAAAAUCGCAAAUCCUGCAUAUCGGCCUGGCAGCACUAUUCGCCUUCCUCCAGUCCAAUGUCACCGGCCCUCCUCUAGAGUUCAGCUCGUCCAAUACUGUUUUCCCCGCUGCCCUCCGAGCCGAUAUCGCUAUCACCCGCAGUGUUCGAAGCAAGAUCAUUCGCGACUGGUCUGUCGAUGGAGAAGCAGCCUACAAGUUGACGCCAAACCCGGAGCUCUUCUCAGUCGCCAAGGGAUUGCUUGCAGGUGCCGAACUCGAUGGGUCCAUCGCAGCAAAGACUGCGCGAAUGCGCGUCAACUUCCUCCACCAAAAGAUGCUUUCCGAGGUUACAAGCACAUUGCAGGAGGCCAUCUACAAGGACACGGAACAACUCGCCAAGUCUGAUUUGAACUCCGAAGAACAGAGUCGUUAUCUCUUAGAGCGCGCUAUUAUUCACACUCACCACGGAUCUGAUGGCAAGGCACGAGCGGAUAUUGAUGGGGCAUCCAAAAUCCGGAAUUUUGAAUUCGCCCUAACUGGACAAAUGGGAAAGCGAACCAAGUUCCAAGAGCGCGACACUAGCCAGCUUGUGAUUCUGGCAAAGAGUGCCGAUGCGACGCCCAAUUCUACCAACACCUCUGGUCCCAAGAAGCUGGAUCUGGAUGAUGAUACCCUCCUCGAAGCUAUCUCCUUCGCUGAUAAAAAGUCCGGAACAGUCCAGGAGGACCUUUCUCCUGCUCUCCAAUCAGUGGACCCUAAUGACCAACCUAUUCUCAACCCCGUGGACUCUGCCAUUCUGCUUGCUAUGGCCUCCGCAAUCACCAACACUGCCCCGGAGAACGGAUUGACCCGGGAAGAAACCCAGCCAUACGCUACCAGAGUGCUGGAAGGCGGAAGCUCCAACUGGCAAAUUUAUACCGAGGCUUUGCUUCUCCGCAGUAGAGUGGAAGGCUACCGAGCCCGUACUGUUGAGCGAGCUGUUCUACAGAUGCAAGCGCUUGUUGAUCAAGUCCUCGCGGAUACAGCUACUAGUGAUUCGGUCGCCCAACAACCGUCAUCGGAUCCAACAACAUUCCUUCCACGUCCUGAAAAGGACGAGUCUGCCCCAGCUGCUAGUCGACUUGAGUAUAUCUGGAUUAUGAACUUCUCAACGCGAUGGAAGUUGGAGGCUGAGCUUGCUAAACGCUGGGUCGAGCUGGGUGGUCUCCGCACUGCUCUUGAAAUUUACGAGAGACUUCAGAUGUGGGCCGAAGUAGCCCUUUGUUAUGCAGCCACUGAGCGGGAAGAGAAGGGCAAGACUAUGGUGCGCCGUCAAUUAUACGAGGCCAAAGGUGAAGAUGAGAAUGACGAGAAUGAGCUCUUCGAGGGUCCCGAGCGGUCACCUUUACCUGCCGAUGCGCCACGCCUUUUCUGUAUCCUGGGAGAUAUCAGCAAGGAUGAGAAGAUGUAUGAGCGCGCUUGGGAAAUCUCCAACCAACGCUAUUCUCGUGCCCAACGAUCCUUGGCUCGCCACUACCUGGCCCUCACACCACCAGCGCUCGAGAAGGCCGAAGAAGCCUACAGUAAGAGUUUGCAAAUCAAUCGCCUUAACCACAGCUCCUGGUUCGCCUAUGGAUGUGUUCAACUCGAACUCCAAAAGUGGCAAGAUGCCGCAGCCUCCUUCACCCGUUGCGUGCAACUAGACGAUACCGACGGAGAGGCCUACAGUAACCUCGCAGCGGCGAUCAUGCGCCAACCAGAACCGGAGCCAACAACCGAAGUCACAAUCGACGAAACCACAGGCGAAGAAAUCAAACUCGAAGCUGACCCCUACAAGCGCGCACGUGAGGCCCUAGCCGCUCUUCAACGCGCUGCCCAACUCAAGAACACCGACGCUCGAAUCUGGGACAAUGUCCUCACAGUAGCAGCCUCAAUUCCGCCUCCCUCGACACCAUUCCGCGACGUCGUCACCGCGCAAAAGAAAGUAAUUGAAAUCCUCGGUACCAAGAAGGGCGAAAAGUGUAUCGAUGGCCCGAUCCUGGCUAUGCUGGUCGACUUUCUAACCACGGCUUUCGAUUACGAAUCCCUUCACAUUCAAUCGGAUUCCGGUCCUGUUUUCCGAACUGGUACUAUCCCGGGCCAAAUCCUCUCUCUUAUUGACGAUAAUGUUGUCCCGCUCAUCACCCACUCUGCUUCGCUCUGGCUCCUCGUUUCCCGCGUCGAGAUGUUCCGCAAUAGACCCAGCCGCGCACUGGAUGUUCGCGAGAAGGCUUGGCGCGCUACUGUCGCUACUUGUGCGCAAGGUGCAUUCCAGAUGGGCGACGAGAAACCAUGGUUGGAGGUUGUUCGUGCCACAGAGAAACUUGUUCGCGAGGGAUACUCGCGAUAUGGACCGAUGGAUCGGGAAGGCCAAGAAGGCGCUGAUGGGGAGACUGAGAUGGUUGCUCCUGAUUGGAGAUUCAAGGCGCGGAGUGCUAUCAGAGGAAUCUUAGGCAAGGGCAAGGACUUCUGGGAAGACUCUGAGGGAUGGACAAGGCUGAAGGAGUUGCAGAGCGAAGUCACUGGCAACUAA